AUGAUCGAUAAAACUGCAUAUAAUGAAUCGAGAGAUGAGUCAAAAGAUCCAAUGGCGAUGUUGGAAGACGGUUUGGUUAUUUGUAAAUUUGGGCGCUUCCAUAUGAGAUUAUUAUUUACAAGCAUGGCAGCAGUUUUUGCCUCUACAAUGGUCACAACAACAUCUUCGUAUAUUUUGCCAAUGGCUGAAUGUGACUUAAACAUGAGCAUUAUGGAUAAAGGAUUACUGAAUGCAAUGCCCUUUUUCGGUCAGGUUGGAGCAACAUUCUUUACUGGAUUCUUAGUUGAUGCCUUUGGCAGGAGAAUAUUUCUGAUUGGCGGUAAUGCAGCAAUAUUUAUAUGCAAUUUGGUGGAAGGGUCUAGUCAAAAUUUUUGGAUGUUAAUUAUAAUGAAGCUUAUAGAAGGAAUUGCAUUAAGCGUAUCUUUUAGUGCAGUCGCUUCAAUGAUAUCAGAGUUCGUGCACAAGAAUGUAAGAGAUAGAAUAUUAUUACUGUACUGUUCCUUUAUGUCGCUAUCGCUAAUAGUAGCUGCGGUAAUGUCUUGGGCGGUAUUGCCUCAGCCAUGGCAUAUCGUUCUUAUUCCUGCUUACUUCGAAUUGCGAGUUUGGAAUUUCUAUUUAUAUAUUUGUUCCGUCUGGAGUUUGGUUGCUGCAAUUCUUUAUUACACUAUACCCGAGAGUCCUAAGUAUCUUUUAUCACACGGGCAGGAGCGGGAAGCAUUAGAAGUUUUAAAGAACGUAUACGCUGAGAAUACUGGUAACCCAAAAGAAUCAUUUCCCGUAACGUCCCUUGGUGCUUCUGGUACGUUUAAAUUGACGAAAGACAUGAGUAUUAAGAAGCAAAUAACACAUGCAUUGAUAGCAGUGAAAGAUUUAUUUAGACCACCAUUAUUCUGUAGGCUCUUAUUGUUUUCAAGCUUAACGUUCGUAUGUUUAUUGGCAUACAGUGCAUUGCGGCUGUGGUAUCCACAAUUGUCAACGAUUAUAGAAAACUACAAAAAAGAUCAUGGGGAAACGGCAAGAUUCUGCAUUAUGAUGGACAAUUACCGACACCAUUUAGAUGAAAAUUUUAAUGUAUCGCUCCCUAACAAUUUAACGGAUGUUUGCGUGCCCCAUCUAAGUGGAUCAGAGACUUACAUAAAUGGGAUAAUACUUGGUUUAUUCUCGAUGGUCUUUAUCGGUCUAAGUGGAUACUUAGUUGAUUUUUUCGGACAAAAAAUCUUGAUGUUCGUAUAUUUAGUAUUGUGCGCUCUCUGUUCUGGAUCUUUAUACUGGACCAAUUCAUCGAUACAAAUUGCUCUUCUCGUGUCUGCGACUUGCGCAUUGAUGCAAUCUGCUCUAAGUCUCCAACAAAAUAUUUUAAUUAGAGUUUUCCCAACAACUAUAAGAACGCUGGCGUUGUCGAUAAUUAUAAUGAUGGGCCGAACGGGGUCGUUACUUGGCAAUAUUCUGUUUCCUAUCAUGUUGCAACUAGGAUGCAUGGGGCCUUUCCUGUCCUUAUCUGUUAUUACACUUUGUGUAGCUGGCUUAGUAUACUUUCUUCCAGACCCCAACAAAGAAAGCAAUGGAGCUGGUGAUAAA